AUGGCCGACCAGGCUGCUCUCCCAACCGCUCGCGCACUUCCAGCCAGCUCCGUCGUGAACAUCUCGACUCUGCUGCCCGUCCUGGGUCUUCUGGCAGGAUACACGACCUACCUCUACCUGCGCCGCACAACCUCGCCCCUCCUUCCCAUCGCCAUGAUGGGCGACUCGACCACCUCGCUGCUCGCGAGCCGCCCCUCGGUCAACGCGAGCACGACCCUCGUCCUGCGACACGGCAACCUCCCGCGCCGCCACGCCUACGCCGAGCGCCUCCAGUCCCUGUGCCUGAGCCUGUGGGAGUGGUUGCGCUCCUGGACCGAGCGCGAGCGCCCGUACACCCCCAUCAUCGACGAAGAGAGCCCGGACUGGGAGCAAGGCGAGCCCAACGCCGAAGGGUGGCGCCACUCGCCCUUCCACUGGGAGCCGUCGCCGCGCUUCCCCCGUGGCUCGGAGGACUCUGAAUUCGAGCGCCGCUGGGCGCCCCGCGACGAACUGGCGCCUCAUGUGCGCGCCCGCAUUGAGCGAGAGGAGCGCGAGGAGCGUGAGCGCCGCGGUGACACUGCCGAGACUGCCGGAUCGACUGUGUCUCGUGCGAACGACACUGCAACCGCCGAUGCGAGGUGUGCGAACGCCCCCAACGGCUACGCCCAGGCAACGGGCAAUCAGCGCCAGGGUGGUCGCUCCACAAGCACCAUUUGCCAGAACGGCAGCAACGACAGCACCCACUCGCUCACCGACCUCGAGCCCGUCCACCCCAUCGACUGGAGCCUGAAUGGCUUCGGUCUGUAA